GAGAGAGAGAGAGAGGAAAAGGCGUUUCCACGUUUGAGCAGCCGGUUACAGAGCAGCGGACAGCGAGGCAGACAGACACAGAGAGGAAUCACGACAUUUCUGUUUUAUCAUCCCCCUAAACACUGACUGACACUUCAUCCCACCCGAGUCCCCUUCACGGCCUGCGUCUCCCACGCCAAUGACACAGACUCACAUCCAUCAGUGAACGACUUAAACCCGCAAAAGUGAACCGAGACUGACGGAGUGGAGUUUUUUUUUUCCUGCAGCACGCCUGUCCUCUCUCUCUCUCUGUUUGUUUUAGGCCGAAAUUAAAUAUCCCACAGAGCUGUUUUCUGUGUGAGAUCAAGAGGAGAUUAUCUUCACGCAGACUCCCGCAUCUCUCUCCCUGUCUGUAGCUGACUCAUUUUUGCUGCGCCCGGGACCAUGGCGGAGUACAGCUCUCUGCUCAGCGACCUGUCUGAAAACAUCACCAACGAGGACUUGGAGCAGCUCAAGUCGGCCUGCAAGGAGGAUAUCCCUGAGGACCAGAGCAACAACAUCACCUCCUCCAAGGAGUGGUUCAGCUACCUGGAGAAGAACGACAAGUUGGCCCAGGAUAACCUGUCAUACAUUGAGCACAUCUUUGAGAUUUCGAGGCGACCAGACCUGUUGACGAGGGUGAUCGAGUACCGUACCACCGUGCUCAAGAUCUCUGAGGAUGACGAGAUCGACACCAAGCUCACACGCAUUCCCUCGGCCAAGAAAUACAAAGACAUCAUCCGCCAGCCCUCUGAAGAUGAGAUCAUCAAGUUGGCCCCUCCCCCUAAAAAAGUGUGAGGUCGCGACCCACAGCCCUGAUCUUUGCACCUUGAUUUCUUCACUCCUGGCACUCUAAUCAACCUACCAACCGUUUCUGACCAACCCCAUCACUCCCCUACUUCACCCCCACCACCUUCACACACACACACACACACACACACACACACACACACACAAACACAGACACAAACACAGAUAUACACACAUAUCCACCCCCCCAUCCCCCGUCCCAGCACUAACACAUGCCAUGGCAUAGAACCACGCAGGCAGCCACCUACAAAGCAACCAAUCAGAUCGUAGCGAUGCAGCCUCUUCCCAAGCUGAGGGGAGAUGGGAAGCUGCAUGAAAAAAAGACAAUAGAAGAAGAAAUCUGGAGAUGGACCGACAGUGUAUAUGUGUGUGAGAGAGAGAGAGAGAGAGAGCCAAAGUUCUACCCUCGAUUCAAACGCUGAGUGGGUCAGUUCACACUGAGUGUUUAUCUGUAAACACUGUUCAACCUGUGAUGCUGUGUUUAUGCAACCGUCUCUGUGAGUGUGUGUGACUGUGUCAGUCAAGGCUGUUAUAGUUAAAACAAAGACUACAUCCACCCAUCUUAAUUUGAAACUACAAACCCCAGCUUCAAAACUUCACAACAAAAUGAAAUGGCAGUUAUUUUCUCUCAGAAAUUCUGAAAAUGUCAGAAAGCUGACAGAUAAACAGUUAAGCUGUGUACUCAUUGUAUGUAGUGUUUCGUAAUUAUGACUAACAUAAUACAGCAGUGCUUUAUUUAUUUUAGGGUUUUUUUUAACGUCACCUUGAAUGUGCAAAAUGUCAGAAACUGACAGAAAACUACUACCUGAAGAUAAAAUUAAACUAAAACAUGUAAAUACAUAGUUUACAUGAUCAAAAGCAAGUUUAAAAACAAAACUGAAAUUAAUACUUAGUAAAAAAAAAACUCAGUCGAACUAAUCUAAAUCUCACAUAUAUGACUCUGGUUCAUUUCUAUGACAGUGCGUGUUUUAGUGUAUAGCUUCAUAUUUGUUCAGGUGUGUUUGUAAUGUGAAAAGAAUAGUUCAACAUUUUGGGAAUUUUGCUUAUUUGCAUUUUUACUGUGACUUAGAUGUGAAGAUUCAUACCAUGCUCAUGUCUAUGAAGCUACAGUUAGCCAUAUGUUAGCAUACAUACUGGAAACGUGGGAGGGGGUCAGCUAGCCUGGCUAAUCUUGUUUUUACACUUUUGUUUUUAUAGGGAUUAAAUAAAUGAGAUGUAUUGUGUUAAUUGGUGAGCUUCAGAGGAGCUGGGGGGCAGAUUUUGUCAGCUUUUGACAGAGUCUGGCUAGCCCCUGUUUCUAGUCUUAAUGAUAAGCUAAGCUAACGCACAGCUUCUUCUCAUCUAACUCCAUCUAACUCUCAGAAAAAAAGCAAAUAAGCAUAUUUCUCCAAAUAUGUAACUCUUCCUUUAAAGCCCACAUAGUUCAUGAAAGAUUAAUGUUAUAAAGUUACCAAUUGCCAUGAGGUCGCAAAACUUUAUGUCAAACGUCAAACUAUAAAAACCAGAGACUCAUUAACUAGAGCUUCUGUAUGCAUUCCCUUUACUUUUACGCAGAUAAUUAUAUCUUCUUUAAACAGCAAAAAAAGAAUCUAAUACUUUAGAGGAAGAUAUUUAAAGUUGAUUCAUAGGAAAAGCCAAUAUUUGCCUUUAGCUUUUAGUCAUAGCAAAAGUUAUUUACAGAAAAUAUUUAGAUGAGAAACUUACAGCACUUGUUUCUCUACUGCGGAUGCUCUCAUAGAUUUUCUUUACAUCAAGGGGACCAGUUACCAUGAAAGGUCUGCUGUACAAGCUGGUUAGAGAUGUAAAUAGAAAAAUAAUAUAUUACAUGAAAAUAUAGCAGAAAUAAUAUAUUGAACUGCAGUGCAUGUCCCAUAAAGGACACUCUGGCUCUAGCAGCGAAUUUCCACUGUAGGUUCAGUUUUACUACGUCUGGUUUUGUAACUUCAGACUUUCACACCUAAUUCGAGCUAACCUUAAACUUAGACAAAUUCAGAUGAAAAGCACCCACAUUUGAGAAUAAAAAAGUAUAUUUUGAGAGUAUAUUGGAUAUUAUAUUUACAAUGUGAACAUGUUGUGUUGCGUGACACAUGAAGAGAAAAAUACUAAGCUUUCUCUCAGCCGUUUGUUGUCAUUUCAUUUGUUGCACAGAAAAUAACUGACCAGUAUGUGAUUUCUCUUUGAAUGAAAGACAAACUAAGGCCUCUGGAAAAUAAAAACACAAGUGCAGAUCAAACUGAAAGAAGGGAGAAAAUGUCAUAAAGAAAAACAUGGCAUGCGAUAAUAAAUCAUGUCCUUUAAUGAACUGUAUAUAAAAUAGAUUGUGACAAGGAACUUUAAUGCACACAACGGCUCAUAACCCGCUGACUAUGCCAUUCCCGCCACGCACCAACACAAUAGCUAGCAAGACUGUUGAAACUAAACUAUAAUGACUGCUCUUUUGAACACUGUGUCUCUUUUUUCCCCGCGAUGAAGCCUUAGCAGACUUUGUGUUUACCCCAAAAUUUUUCACAACUGUGAGAGAUUGUGUGUGAGGCGGAGACAGACGCCGGCACAGACGUCAAGUUAAUCAAAACGGCUCUCACUUUUAAAGAGAGUGUUGCUACUUUUAUUCUGAAAUUUGCUAAGGACUUCAGUGUUGGUGUGUACAGAAUGUCUGUGGGUCUUAUUUCUGCCCCCGUCUUUGUUGUCCUUGAAGCUGUAGGAUCAAAAAGUGAACCAACAACAUAAAAAUCAGUGUAUGACUAGUCAUCUAUCCCAGCCCCGCUACCUCCCUCCUUCCUUUCCCUCACCACCACGCUCCACUCCAACCCCAGUGCCAAUGACUAAGACUUUUAUUUCGAUCACAGUUUCUGUGAACUGUUUUGUUUUUAUUUUGUAUUGCUCGCCGUAUAUUGUAGUGUUGGACUGAUUUGUAUCCUAUGCAUUUACGUCUGUAGGAAAACUCUGCACUGUAACAUAUCCUCCCAACAAAUCACAUAAUCUAAACAACUGAGCUCUUUAAUUGCGACAAGUCAGGGUGUUUGACAAGAUCCUGAUAUUCUUGCGUUGAGUUUGUAUGACGGAUGUGCUCAGUGGAGUGGCACUUGAUAGGAGGAACUUAACGCGUGUCAUUCCAGGAAAAGAAAUAACUGCUUAUUACCCAAUGUUCAUUGUUUGAUACUGGGAAACAAAACCUUGUCAGACCAACUAUACUGUACAGCUCACGUUUUACUCUUUUGCAAGCAAAGUCUUAACCUAACUAAAACAUUCAAUAGACCUUUAAUGCCUGAAUAUGCAUGGCAAGGUUUAACAGUUUGCAAACAGUGGACAUGUUUCUUUGCAUAAAACAUCCAGUUAAUGUAGGCCAGAUCAAGCUUUUUAUGGUAUUGUUAAAGGAAUAGUCCGCCCUUUAAUAUUUUUAUGCUGUUUCUAAUGGUAUACUUUGAAUUGAGCUGGGCCUAUUGUUCAUUUCAGGUUUUAGCCAUCCAUACCAUGGUAGGUGGUAUUGUGAAUGGCAGUGCCGGUCAAUCAGUCGACCACUUUGGUAUAGAUUGAAGUACUUUAACAACUGUUGGAUUGAUUGGCAUAAAAUUUGGUACACACAUUCAUGGUCCCCUGAGGAUGAAUUCUAAUCAGCAUCAGAGUAUUUCUGGGUGGACUAUCCCUCGUUAGGCCGGACCCCAAGUGAAGCGGUAGCUGCCCUCCUAUACCUUUAGCCUACUGAACAUAAACUGGGACCACUGCUUCAAUCACAGAGCUGAACUGAGAGCGUUUUGUCAGGCAAAUGGAGGCGGUUGAUCUUACUGCUAUGACCUGUGGGUAAUGGUCUUUCCCAGUGUUAAAAUGGAUGUGAUUACUGGCCAUAGAGGUUGGCUUGCCACUCACCGAUUCCAGUGAAGAGCUUUGGUAAUUCUACGAACCAAAAGGCAGGUUUUUCUUUCCAGAUUUUAGCAUGUUUCCAUUAGUACAAAAAAUCAGCAAGGGAGGAUUUGGGCCAUUGAAUUUUAUUUUUCUUUUGUUUUAUUUGAAGUGCUUUUUGAAUAGCAACUUGUGAAUUUAGAUGUAUGUGACCAAGUGACUUUUUUUUUCUCUCUCUCUGAGAAUUUCAGUAGGCAAUGGGCUCAUGUUAGCAAUUGUGUGGUAGUUUGUCAGUAGUUUGACAGUAGGAUUGUCUAUUCAAUAUUUGUAAACAUCAAAAAAGAAAAAUAAAUCCAACUGCCUGAUGCUCUAGAUGCUCCUGGUAGAAGCUUAAGUGAAAAUGUUUAAUUCAGGUUAUUCACUGAAGUUUUAAAAAUUUCUGUCAGCAUCAAAAUAUGGCUGUGCUGCACCCCUUCAUUUUUUAACAUCAACUUCCUGAAUCCCCGUCCUCUUAAAUCAAUGUCCCAUCAAUGUCUCCAUGUGGCACAGCCCAACAACUUCAUCACCAGGCUAGAUUAUAUGUUUGGCAUUGCUUAGCAUUUUCCUCUGUAGCCAUCGGCACAUAAUAUAUCAACAUAUCAGUCACAAAUGAUGUCAGAAUUUGGAUUUCCAUGUACCAAGUACAUAUCAACUUAGUAAAUGCUGCAAAGUAUAAACCUACUAAAAUAUAUAUGUGAAUACCUGAUUAUAACCAAUGAGUAUAGAUGAAGUAGGAACUGAAGAGGCAAAUAUUGUGUAAAGGUAUUCAGCAUUUAAUGCUAACAGUCAAUUAAAAUUCAUUCGAACCAGAGUAUCAUUCUCCCUUAAGGAUAAGACUGUGUUUUUUGUUUUUUUGUUUUUUUCAUUUUAUUAGGUUGUAAAUAUGUAUUUUGAAUAUAUAUCACUGUGUUUGUUUUGAAAUUGAUUAAUUUAUUUAAUGCCUAUAUAUUGUUGUUUUUACGUAUCCUGAUUUUGUUUUACUAACUGGAAACAAAUCAAGGGGAUGAAAACAUUGUGCUUAUCUAAUGUUAAGCAGGCCAUGCAUCAACAUUUUUAUAAUUCAUGUUAUUCUCUUCAUUUAUGUUUUCUUGUUUCGGCUUUGGGUGAUUAUUUUACAACAACAACAAAAAAGUGAUAUUCAUUUCAUUGUAUUUACUGAUAUGUAACAUAUUAUGUUUUAUUGUGUCGUAUUUGAUCAGAUGUGUCGUGGUCACUGCUUGUAAAAUGAUUUUAUUGAGAGAGUUUCCAAAUCAUGACAAAAGAUAAAAGCGGUCACAACAUCAUAAUCUGCCAUUUUGUUCGUAUGAGACAUGUUGUCAAUUGCACAUUGCACCACGAGUAGGAAAUUUAAAGGGGACUAAGUCUUAAAACAUUUGGCUAGAUGCAUGUAGAAAGUUCAAGAAACGUUGAUCCCUGGUUCCAGUCAUAUGAGAACAACUGAAACAAUUAUGUUUUAGUGUCAUCUCAGUACUACUAUGUUUAGCAGUGUUUAUAAGAAAAAUAUUUUCUCACCCUACUCACUGAAAAAAGACAACCAAUUGGGUAAAAAUCAGGCUAUUGACAACCCUCAUCUGAACAAUAAGCAGUCACUCUAGUUUUGUAUGGAGUCCCAAAGUGUUCAAUAUUAAAAAAUAGAUGAGUAAUCUUUAAAAAAAAAAACAGUGACAUGAGUAAAUAAUUGUUAGAAUAGUUAACAACUGUGUAAAGUAACCAACUGAGCAGUUACUAUUGUGAUAACCACCCUUUUAUAUAGCUUAAAAGCUUGACAUGCUACCCUCUAAGCCUGCUAACUGGAGUUAGCUAAUACCGCUAAACAACCAAGCCACAUUAGUUAGCUAGCUAAAUAAAAGGAGAGGUCAGUUACUGUGCGUUUAUUCACAGCAGCAAGUUCUGUUUAGCCGAAUCAGAAUAACCUCAGCAUUGUUUUUGUUCCAGCUGACGUGAGCUAACUGGUUAAAUUUGGUAGUAGAUGCUGAGCUUGCUAGCUUAAGAGAGUCUACUCUAUGAAAUCAACUAAAACUUUGCUAAAAUUUGAAAUGAAAUGAUGAAAUGCAUAACAAUGAGGCUGACCUUGUAAAAUUCUUGGCUCAUUUAUUUGUUUUUACACCAAGUCACUUUUUACAAUGUAUUGUUUAUCUAUUUGGUAUUGAACAUUUGAGGCUCCAUAGUUUUAUUUGCUAUUUUUAUUUAAAGUAAGGUGUUAGUGAAUGGUUACAUGGGUCAUGGAUGAAGUGAUAGAGUGAAGAGUGCUGGGUAGAGUAGUGUAAGUAAGAAUAGUUGUUGGGGUUGUAGCUGUAAAAGAUAAAAAACUAGACUGUGAGCAGAGUGAAAUAUGUCAGUUCAUACUUUGGGGAACAUCUCUGGUGAGUGUGUGUAUGUGAGAUUUCAUGUCUGCAGCUAGUUAGUAUCAUUUUGAAUGUGGCAGGUCUUGCACAAGAAUGCUGUACAAUGGUGAUAUGUAGUUGAAAGAUAAUAAGGUGCAUUGUUAGGAAUGCUGAAUGUCUGGUCAGUCAUACCAGAGUUGGGCACUCCUGAGUAUUGUGAACAAGCUUUUUAACCACACCCACGUACAUUUAUCUGGAGCUGCAUUGCACAAAACAAAACAAAAAAAAGUUUUUCCUUUCAUUUUGGCCAUUAAAGUUUACUUUUCAUGCACAACAAAAGCAAGCUUCUACAUCACAGGACAAAGUGCCAACUUCAUUUAGUUGCAAACUGCUGGGGUGUAUGGACUUGAAAUCAUGACAUGCUUGACUUUUAGCAAUUUCUCAUGACGUCUGUAGUGAACAAUCUUUAUUUUAGAUGGUCACAUGAAUGUUUGCGGCUAGAUCAGAUAUUUUUGAGGUGUGUUUGUUUUGCAGUAGUGGACAAUAGAGGCUAUUUUGAGGUGUUGUGUUUUCAGCGCGAAUCUGAUCUUUCUAACUGGAGUGGUGUGAUCUAUCAUUGUGGUUGAAGGUUUAACAUGAAGCUGAAAGACAUUCCCGUGGUGGUGGUGUUAGCAUUUAUAGGCAUCUAACAAUUUGACUUAGCAUGAAGGGAGUUGUAGAUUAGGAGGUUUUUGCACAGGUGUCAGGACAGGACUUGAAAAGUAUGUGUAGGUAUAAUUCAUUUUAUCUCAAUCCUCUUAAGGGUGGACAGUUUUGUUCCAGCAUUCAAAAUAAGAUGGAAGAACGUUAUCAAAUGUUAACAUUAACUUUUACAUUUCCACAUUAUAAUUUAGAUAUUGCUGCUGAAUUUAAUUCAUAGGCACUGAGAGUUGCCCUGUGUGUCACUGCCUUAAGAGUCCGUCAGUGGGAUGUUUUCUCUUGUAGUCCGCCUGUUAUUUUGUAAUGUGCUUGGUUCUCAAAUGGUGUAGCAAGUGACAGGUGCAGUUGUUUCACAGUCAAUCCAGUCCAUCAUGUUAAUCAAGACUUAUCAUUCUUAAACAAUGCAAUCAAUUAGACAUAUUUAGACCUGUCGGAUAAUGUGCACACAGUUAAAUUUGGUUAGAGACAGUGAAAUGAUCCAGUCCUGUCCCAGUGACAAAGACACCAACAUGGGUUUUUAGGGUGUGAUGCUGUGCUUAAAAAUGCAGUGAGGAGUGUCAUCACAUCCAUUAUUACACAUUCGCGUACAGCUCAUAACAUAACCCUGUUGGAUGCCAUGGGCUCAAUGCUGUUAGAAACACUUGCUAAGGUUUUCCUCACAUGGGGCAAAAAGUACUUCAGGAUUUACUUUGCAAUGACUGCAACAAAAUAUGAUAUGAGGUAUUAUUAAAACAAAUAUAAAGGUGUGGCUUUUUGUCAUGAUUUAAAUGAGACUGAACUGAAAUUAUGCCAUUUUGUCAUUGUGCUAAAAUGAAUAUAAAUAUUAUAUAUUAAAAUAUAUUUGCUAACCUA